AUGUUUCUGUUGCUGGCGGGAACAGACAAACCAGGAGAAGCAGCAGCAGCAGCAGCAGCAGCAGCAGCAGCAGCAGAGGAGACAGAAGAGGAAGAAGCAGACGAAGACACAGAUGCAGCAGAAGAAAUAACAGAAGACGAAAGAAAGAGACUUUUGCUGCAGCAGGCCCUCAAACAGGAGCAGCAGCAGCUGCUGCUGCAGCCCGAGCAGCAGCAGCAGCAGCAGCAGCAGCAGCAGCAGCAGCAGCAGCAGCAGCAGCAGCAGCAGCAGGCAGCUGCAAACGCACAGCAGCAAGAGCCAGCAGCAGAGCAGAAUAAAUCAUAA